UAUCGACGAUGUAAACCCCCACUGGAAUUUUCUUGAAAAUGUGCUUACAGUACGGUAGAUAAUUGAGCGAUUAUGGUAAAAUAAAAGAAAUGCUGGGAAAUCGAAGUACAAUUCGUAAGCAUAGAGAAGAAAGGAAAGAGUACGUAUUCACGAUUGCGCGGAAUUAUUUGUCGAUCUUCAUCUUGUGAGGAUGAAGACGACGUCGAAUAAAGAUUUCGCUUACGCGAUGAUUCCGUUCAAGAUCCUAUCGUGGCCUGUUGGUACCUGGCCUCUUCAACACUAUGAUAUCUUUUCCGCUAUACGUGCCAUAAUCACUAGUUUUCUUUUGCUACUAAUGAUAACGAUCGUGCAAUCGGAGAUGUAUUUAGACAGCAGCGACGCUGAGAAGAAUCUGGACGCAGUAGUAAUACUAACUUGCGGCUAUUUGGCAGUGUCAAAGGUCCUGCAGUUUCGUAUUCACCCUGCUGGCCUUAUCUCAAAUUUUACCUCGGCGGUUAAGGAUUAUAACGAAUUGAAUGACCAAGAGAAACGAGUGAUAGUACGAAAACACGCUUACAUGGGCAGAGUGGCAGGUAUCAGUGGGGUACUUUUUGCAUAUUUCAGCGCAACUCUCUUCACGACUCUGCCAAUGCUGGCUGCAGAGGAAAUGGAAGAUAUGGCUAACGUAACGGAAGAAAGUAUUCCCGAAUACCCUAUACCUUCCGAAAAAGUAGUGGCACUUGUAAAAAUACCGGAACAUUUAUACUUCAUUGUUUUUAUCGUAGAGUACUUGAUGUUGCUCUUAACGAGCAAUGGAAAUCUAGGAAACGAUUCCUUGUUUUUCGGUAUCACUUUUCACCUGUGUGGUCAAGUUGAAAUUCUGAAACUUGAUUUCAAAAGACUACGAAACGAAAACGAAAGAACAAAGGAACGUUUCAGCGUAUUAACCAAGAGGCAUGUUUACUUGUUGAACCUGGCCAAAAUGCUGGACGAUACGAUCAGCUCUAUCUUGGCUGUGCAACUAUUCACGAGUUGUGUGCUUAUUUGUACAAGCGGACUGCAGUUCAUUAUCGCUCUGAGCGUUGGAAACAUCGUCAUGACGAUAAAAACGUUUUUAGUGCUGAGCACUCUAUUAGUGCAAUUAUUUGCAUACAGCUACGUGGGCGAUUAUUUAAAACGUCAAAUGGAAGGCAUCGGUGACUCGAUAUAUUCCUGUAGUUGGUACGAUAUACCGAAUAGUGUGGCAAAAGAUAUUAUUUAUGUUAUUAUGAGAACUCAAGAUCCAGUUUACCUGAAGGCUGGAAGAUUCUUUAUUGUUAAUAUGGAAACGUACAUGAGUAUUAUGAAAACUUCUAUGUCGUAUCUCUCAGUUCUACGGGUAAUGAUAAGUACUUAAGGCCCUGUAUAAUAUAGAAAUGGAGGGGGGUAUAUUUAUCUAGUAAAGCUCAACAAGAUAUGUAACAUUAUACUUUAAUGACUAAAUAUUUACUACAAAUACUCAGAAUCAAAUUGGUCGAAUAUGCGUAAUCGAUGAUCUCAGUAUUCUGUUGUAAUCCAUAAUUCAUGCAAUGACCGAAAACAUUUGAAAUAUAUGUAUAUGUACAUCAUUAUUACAUUGGCACUUGUAGCUUCAAAACUCAAUCGCUUUGAAGGGCUUCGUAACCGAUAAGUUUAAGUCAGCCUUUCGUUUCUACUUACGUGUUAUUAAACCUUUCAGUCGACGGAAGACUUUAAUUCAGGAAUUAAAAAAUUUCAAAUCUCAAUAACGUAUUGAUAUAGAUCGAUAAAAUUAAUAUGAAAAAUUGAAAAUUUGUUGCUUGUUCUAUUAAAGGGCAAA